GGGAAAAAUAAGAAAGAAAUCAUUCAAAUGCUUUUUUGACACUCCUCAGUCGGUUGUUAUCAGCUGCAAGCUUGUCUCUCGGCGAAGUUUUAAUUCCGUCUACAACAUUCAACAAUGGCUCGUCCAAAAGUUCUCAUGGUCGCGGAGAAGCCCAGCAUCGCUCUCUCCAUCGCUACCGCUCUCUCUCGCGGUCAAAUGAAUACGAGGAGGAGUAGUACAGACGUCCAUGAAUUUGAUGGGAUUUUUUUGGGAUUCCAAGCACAUUAUAAAGUAACAUCAGUGAUUGGGCAUAUUUUCAGUGUGGAUUUUCCUCAAAAAUAUCAAGACUGGGCGUUAACUGAUCCUCUGGAUCUUUUUGAAGCUCCAAUUGUUAAGAAUGAAGCAAACCCGAAGGCUCAUAUAUGUAGGCAUUUAAAUCAAGAAGCUCGUGGUUGUGGCUAUUUGGUUUUAUGGUUGGAUUGUGACCGUGAAGGAGAAAAUAUAUGUUUUGAAGUUCUUGAGUGUACUGGCUUUGGUGUAAAUGACAAAAGUAGAAGGGUUUAUCGUGCACGGUUUUCCUCUGUUACCGAGAAGGAUAUCUUGAGGGCCAUGGAUAAUCUUGUGGAACCUAAUAGAGAUGAGGCACUUGCUGUUGAGGCUCGGCAAGAGAUAGAUUUGAAAGUUGGAGUUGCAUUUACACGAGUUCAAACAAAUCACUUUCAAAGGAAAUAUGGGAAUCUUGAUUCUAGAGUUAUCUCCUAUGGACCAUGUCAAACUCCAACCCUUGGGUUUUGUGUACAACGCUAUUUGCAGAUGAGCACAUUUAAGCCAGAAAAGUUUUGGUCGUUACACACUUAUAUUCUGCAAAGUGGCUAUGAAGUUCAACUUGAAUGGGAACGUCAGAAGUUGUUUGACUUAGAAGCUGCUACAAUGUUUCAAAAGAUAGUAAUGGAAGAUGGAAUUGUAGAAGUGACAGAAAUAUCCGAAAAGCAGGAAGUCAAAAGUCGUCCUUCUGGUCUUAAUACAGUUAAUCUUCUGAAGGUUGCUUCAAGUGCAUUGGGCCUUGGACCUCAAAUAGCUAUGCAAGUAGCUGAACGCUUGUAUACUCGAGGGUUCAUCAGCUAUCCACGUACAGAGAGCACAGCUUAUCCUUCUUCAUUUGAUUUCAAAGGAACUCUCGGUGAACUAGCAUAUAAUCCAACAUGGGGUGAUUUUGUACGGACAUUGCUUGCUCGUGGUUAUCAGAAACCACGAGUUGGAACAGAUGCAGGUGAUCAUCCUCCUAUCACGCCAAUGCUUUCAGCUACUGAGGAUAUGCUAGACAACGAUUCUUGGGGAUUAUACAAGUAUGUCUGUCAACAUUUUAUAGGGACCCUAUCUCCCGACUGCAAGUACUCAAGAACAAAGGUAGUAUUUUCAAUUGGUGGAGAAUCCUUCCAUUGUGUAGGGCACCGCAUUUUGGAGAAAGGAUUUACAUCUAUUAUGCCGUGGUUGGCUAUAAAUGAGAAAAAUCUUCCUCAGUUUAGAAAGGGGGAAAAGAUAGAGGUUAUGAGAGUGGAACUCUAUGAGGGGAAUACAACACCACCAGAUUAUUUAAGUGAGAGUGAGCUUAUAUCCUUUAUGGAGAAGUAUGGGAUAGGCACAGAUGCCUCAAUACCCGUCCAUGUUAACAACAUAUGCGAGCGCAAUUAUGUGAAGGUACAAGCAGGUAGAAAGCUAGUUCCAACUCCCUUAGGUAUAACGCUGAUAAGAGGAUAUCAAUGCAUAGAUCCAGAUCUCUGUUUGCCAGACAUUCGUAGUUUCAUCGAACAACAGCUUACUCUUGUUGCCAAGGGUCAAGCAGAUCAUAUUUGUGUUCUGCAGCAUGUUCUACAACAAUUCAAGCAAAAAUUCAGCUACUUUGUUAAGCAGAUAGAUAAGAUGGAUGCAUUAUUUGAGGCACAGUUCUCUCCAGUUGCUAACUCAGGACGGGUACUCAGUAAAUGUGGCAAAUGCCUACGGUACAUGAAAUACAUAUCGAGUCAACCAUCGCGUUUGUAUUGUAAUACAUGUGAGGAGAUCUAUUAUCUUCCUCAAAAAGGCACAAUUAAGCUUUAUAAGGAGCUUACUUGUCCGUUGGACAAUUUCGAGCUUUUAAUCUUUUCCAGACCUGGCCCAGAAGGCAAGUCGUUCCCUCUUUGCCCGUACUGCUACAACACUCCUCCAUUUGAAGGUAUAGACACACUCUUCGGUGGAGCAAAAACCGGCAGCCUUAACAAACUGGGGGAAGGAGUUGGGAUGCCAUGCUCUCUCUGCCCGCACCCCACUUGUCAGCACUCUAUGAUAACCCAAGGAGUCUGUGCUUGUCCUGAAUGUAGCGGAACACUUGUCCUUGAUCCAGUAAGCGCUCCCAAGUGGCGACUUAAUUGCAAUACUUGUAACUGUCUUGUCUUCCUUCCCCAAGGCGCUCACCGGAUUUCCACAACUCGAGAUCAAUGCCCCGAUUGCGACUCUACAAUCAUAGAAGUUGACUUCAACAAGAAGACAACGCCCUUGGAAGAUGGAGCUACCUUGUAUACUGGUUGCAUUCUCUGCGACGAGUUUCUUCAUUCGCUUUUGGAGAUGAAGCAUGGAAAAUCAUUCUUCAGACGCUUGAGUUCAAGAGGGAGAGGUAGAGGAACAGGACGGGAUGGACCUAGGGGGAGAGGUCGGGGUACUGGGAAAUGGGUCGACCCAAAAAUGAGCUUUCGAGAUUUUUGAAUACUAGAUAUACUCAUCUUUUUGCAUCUGAAACCCGUUGUAGACUACUUACGAACUAUUUAAAAAUUUAAUUGCUUGCUGUUCCUGUUUCUCAAGUUGCACUAAAAACUUUUGGAACACGUGUUACAUGGUUAGCUUAUUGCAUGUAAUGUUUGAUGGGAAUGCCUUGAGGUGGGGAAAAAAAUUAUAUUCUACAAAAAUACAAAAUAAAAAAUAACCCACACGAACUG